AUGGCAAAGAUAGUACUGUGCCUGGUGUUCCUGGCCCUUAGCCGUGCGAUCUAUGGCUCUAGUCUUCCGUCACCAGUUUCUGGACAGGAUUCGGAGCUGGCCACCUGUGAGCUGCAGCUCUCCAAGUAUCGCCGGUUCAUCCUGCAGGCGAUCCUGAGUUUCGAGGAUGUGUGCGAUGCCUACAAUGCGAGACCUGGUGGCCAGGAUGGGGACUCCGAGGGCUGGCUCUUCCGGCACUACUCGCCACCGCCCACCUCCCAGCGUGGCGAGAUCUGGGCCUUCUUCCGCCUCCUAAUGGCCCAGUUUGGGGACGCGGAGUUCUCAUCCAUAAUCCGGGAUGCGGUCAUCGAAAGGUGUCGCAUCAAGUCCCAGUUGCAGCGCGACGAGAAGCGGAACUCCGUGGUGCUGGGCAAGAAGCAGCGGUUCCACUCGUGGGGCGGCAAACGGUCCCCGGAACCACCGAUUCUUCCGGAUUACUAAAAAUCCCCAUCGCAGCGUUUUCCUCCCCUUGAAAUGUGUGAACAGCCAAAGUUGAAGUCCUCUUAAUAAUAUCAGUGUCUAAAUAAACCCGAAGAUUGCAAAUCGAGCAGCGGC